UCAAGCUUCAGUCGUUGCACAAGCUUUGGAUGCAACAAACCCUUUAUGAUAUCCUCUGUCACAAAAAAAGUCAUGAGGGGUGGCUUGAUAACGAUGGGAUACAUUAACGGUGACCUUCUCGGCGGAGGGCUUGACCGGAGCUAAAGAUUUGUGUAGCACCACGACUUUAAAUAUCUGGUGGAAAAAAUAGAACAUUUUUCUCUAAUAUUGAUGUGCUUUUUUAUUGAGACUUUUUGCUGACAUGGGUAAUGGAAUUAAUAAGGUUCUGCCUCAUCUGUAUCUCGGAAAUAUCAAAGAUGCACAAGACCAGGAGCUGUUGGCGAAGCACAACAUCACACAUAUCCUGUCCAUCCACGACACAGCAGCACCCAUCCUUGAGGAGAUGACAUACCUGUGCAUAUCUGCUGCUGACAGCAGGCUGCAAAACCUGGUUCAGUACUUCAGAGACAGCAUCAUGUUUAUCCAUGAAUCCCGACUGAAAGGAGAGGGCUGCCUUGUCCACUGUGUGGCAGGAGUGUCCCGCAGUGUGACCCUGGUGGUGGCCUACAUCAUGACGGCGACAGGACGCGGCUGGGUUGAGUCUUUGGCAGCGGUGAGAACGGCUCGGCCGUGUGCGGGGCCAAACCUGGGCUUCCUCCGUCAGUUGGAGGAGUUUGAAAAUACAGAACUGUCAGAAUAUCGUGCCUGGUGGAAGGACCGAUACGGGAAGAACUCCUUCAACGAUGAUGAAGAGGUGGAAAACCUUUUAAAUCGGAAAUUAAAUGGUGGCAGCAGCAACGAUACCUUUACAACCAGCAUUUCUCCACUGGGCAAAAGUAACACAUGAGAGUCUCAUCUUUCCUGAACUCAAGCAGCUGGGGGACUGUGCUUGGACCAUUAAAACCACUAAGACCAGCUGUUUGCUUCAAUCACGGGUCCUUCAGAGAGAAGCUACAGCAGAGACACGUUAUGUGUUACAUCUCAUGUUGACGAAGGAGUCAUGUGUGUGGGGGGGAAUUUUUUUCGGCCAUUAUCUCAGUCCGCCCUUGUCGUGUCAUGUCCUUGCCUCAAACUGUCAAAACAAGAUGCAAGAGCAGCCAAGCAUGACACCAAGGAAAUGUAUGUACAUACAGUCCACAGUGUGAACAUGUUUAACAGCUGUCUCUCCCCCUGUUAGUUACGUUAUGCUGUGUCUUCUACUUGAAAAAUGAGUAUUAUUUGUUCUGUAUAAACCGUUUCAAAGCUGAAGAAUACUGUCUUCCAGUCAAACAGUAUCAGAAGCUGUCUUUAUUGCAGUUUUACUUACAAAUGUUUAUUUGUGUUUGUACUUUACACAGUAGCCUAUCUCAAUGCCAUUAUAAGAAGGAUUAACAUUAAGAGCCUGAUUUGAAUUGUAAUGUCUAAUGUUUAAUAGUGAAUGAUUCUCAACCAUUUAGGCUCCACGUUAUGUGAAUUUACAUUGUAUGUAAUAAACCAUUAACCUUAAAAUGUU